GAAAGGCCAAGUGAGCCAGCGGACGGCGAGAGGAGCGUAGUGCAGCAUGGACUGUUGCCCGCCAUAGUCCGUGCAGCUUGUUUUUUAUUUUUUAUUUUAUACAGCAUAUUUAUCGGCAGAAAGGGAUCAUCGUUGCUGUGCUCAUUUGUCACGGGCAACAAUGGAUCGAGUGAAAAGCUCCAUGCAGCAAGUACCCAACGCUAUCCCCAAAGUGAUACGACGGACCGGAGGGGCCAAUAGUUUGGAGCUGGAGAAGGAAAACUUUGAGAGAGGGCAGGCUGUCAGCAUCAAUAAGGCCAUCAACACACAGGAGGUCGCUGUCAAAGAGAAACAUGCCAGGACCUGCAUCUUGGGGACCCAUCAUGAGAAAGGCGCCCACACUUUCUGGGCAGCCGUCAACCGGCUUCCCCUCUCCAGCAACGCGGUGCUCUGCUGGAAGUUCUGUCACGUCUUCCACAAGCUGCUGCGAGACGGCCAUCCAAACGUGAUAAAAGAUUCCAUGAGGAACAAGGCUGACUUGACUGAUAUGAGCAGGAUGUGGGGUCACCUGAGUGAAGGCUAUGGGAAGCUGUGCAGCAUCUACCUCAAACUGCUCAUCACCAAAAUGGAGUUUCACAUCAAAAAUCCCCGUUUUCCAGGCAACCUGCAGAUGUCAAACAGACAGCUUGACGAGGCGGGAGAGAAUGACGUUAACAACUUCUUCCAGUUGACAGUAGAGAUGUUUGACUACCUUGAGUGUGAGCUCAACCUAUUCCUGGGCGUGUUCAGCUCUCUAGACAUGUCUCGGUCGGUGUCGGUGACGGCAGCGGGUCAGUGUCGCCUGGCCCCCCUCAUCCAAGUCAUCCUGGACUGCAGCCACCUGUACGACUACACCGUCAAGCUGCUGUUCAAGCUGCACUCCUGCCUUCCAGCAGACACUCUCCAGGGCCACAGAGACCGCUUCCAGGAGCAGUUUAAGAAGUUGAAGAGUCUGUUCUAUCGCUCCAGUAACUUGCAGUACUUCAAGAGGCUGAUUCAGAUCCCACAGUUGCCUGAGAACCCUCCCAACUUCCUGCGUGCUUCGGCUCUGUCAGAGCACAUCAGCCCAGUGGUGGUGAUCCCCGCUGAGUCAUCGUCCCCCGAGUCAGAGCACGUGGUGGAGACAGAGGACCUGGUGGACACAGACAUCCCCGUGCUGCCGGCUGCAGUGGAGACCAAGUUUGAUGACCUGUUCGGCACCUCAGCCGCUACAGACCCCUUCAACUUCAACAGUCAGAAUGGCAUGCGCAAGGAUGACAAAGACCGUCUGAUUGAGCAGCUAACCAGGGAGAUCCAGGCCCUCAAGGAAGAGCUGGAGUCUUUUAGACUGGAGAGUGGCCGGCUGUGCCAGGCGCUGCGGGGGCGUGUCAGUGAGCUGGAGGCGGAGCUUGCAGAGCAGAGCCACCUGAGGAUGCAGGCUGCAGGGGAGAGCGAGUUCCUCAAGGCGGAGCUGGACGACCUGCGCCGGGUGAAGGAGGACACGGAGAAGGAGCAGCGGAGCCUCACUGAGAUAGAGAGAAAGGCUCAGGCCAAUGAGCAGCGCUACACCAAACUGAAGGAGAAGUACACGGAGCUGGUCCAGAGUCAUGCAGACCUGCUGAGGAAGAAUGCAGAGGUGACCCGGCAGAUGACGGUGGCACGGGCUGCGCAGGACGAGGUGGAGGCGGUGAGGAAAGAGAUGCAAGAGAAGGUGAAGGCGGCCCAGGAGGUUGCAGACAGACAGGAGCGCGAGCAGCUGGAGCAGCUUCAGGAGCUGCAGAAUGAGCUGGUGUCCAGCAGGGCAGAGCUCGACACCCUCAAAACCACCGUGGCUUCAUCCCAGCAGGCUUCAAGUGAGGCGAUGAGCUCUCAGAUGUCCACCUUGGAGUCGGAGAAGGCGGAGCUAGUGGAAACUCUGUCUAAGAAGGAGUCGGAGCUCACUGUCCUCGGGGAGGAGCUCGAGCGGGUGCAGACGUCUUUGGCCAGUGAAAGGGAGAGCGGGGUGAAGACGGCAGAAGCCCUGCAGAAUCAGCUCAAUGAGAAGGAGAGCAGGGAGCAGGCUUUAGAGAGCCAGCUGGUCGCGGCUCGCUGGUCCAGCCUGCUGGCAGCUGUGGAAGAGGCAGAGCGGAUCAUCCAGGACUCCCUGGCUCAGAUCGAUGACCCGGCACACAUCAGCUGCACCAGCUCCGCAGACUACCUGGCAUCCAGGUGUCAGGCCUCCUUAGACUCUAUGGACCGCCUCCACUCUGCCAGAGAGGCCUUCCUGUCUGACAGCACAGGUGUGUCUGAGCUGGUACGAGCAGUCACCCAAUGUGGCCACCUAGUGGGCGACACCAUCAUUCAGGGCAGCGCCACCUCUCACAUGGUGCCUGUGGAGCAAGCUGAUGCCCUGUCAGAGAGCGUGAAGGCGUGUGGGACCGAGGCUCUGGCUCUGCUGGGCCAGAUGAAGGAGAAGGACAGCCUGGCUGCAGCCGACACGUUCAAGCUCAAGGCGGCUCUGGAAGGCAUCUUGGCCACUGCAGAGAAACUGCGUCCUCGAGGUUUGGAGCUGCAGCAGGGGGAGCUGGGAGAUUUAGUGGAGCAGGAAAUGGCGGCCACCUCUGCUGCUGUGGAGUCAGCUGCUGCCAGGAUAGAGGAAAUGCUCAACAAGUCAAGAGCGGUUGACACAGGAAUCAAGAUGGAGGUCAAUGAGAGGAUCCUGGCCUCCUGCACAGAGCUGAUGCAGGCGAUCAAGGAGCUGAUACUGUCUUCCAAAGACCUGCAAAGGGACAUUGUGGAGAGCGGCAGGGGGGCAGCCUCCAUGAAGGAAUUCUACGCCAAGAACUCUCGCUGGACGGAGGGCCUGAUCUCUGCCUCCAAAGCAGUGGGAUGGGGCGCCACAGUCAUGGUGGACGCUGCAGAUCUGGUGGUGCAGGGCAAAGGCAAGUUUGAGGAACUGAUGGUGUGUUCGCAUGAAAUAGCUGCCAGCACCGCACAGCUGGUGGCUGCUUCCAAGGUAAAGGCAGACAAAGACAGUGCCAACCUGCACCGUCUGCAGCAGGCGUCCCGGGGCGUCACCCAGGCCACGGCCGCUGUCGUCGCCUCCACCAAGUCUGGGAAAUCCCAGAUCGAAGAGACGGAUACGAUGGACUUCUCCAGUAUGACUCUCACCCAGAUCAAACGACAAGAGAUGGAUGCCCAGGUUCUGGUUUUGGAGCUGGAGACUCGUCUGCAGAAGGAGAGAGAGCGUCUUGGAGAGCUGAGGAAGAAGCAUUACGAGCUGGCCGGGGUGGCAGAGGGCUGGGGCGAGGAGGAGGAGGGCACAGGUUGAUCUGGCCUCCCCCUCCUCCACCACCAGAAGACUUGCUUCUGUCUGCCUCUUUUCCAUUUGUACACACACACACACAUACACACACACACUCACACACGCACUCACACACUCUUCGGUCUCCCUCUUCCAUGUUUUCUUAUCUCUCUUUUCUUUUCUUUUGUAAAAUCCAAGCCAAAUGAAAAGGUGCUUCUUUUCUAAACCCGCUCCUCCUCCAAGUGUGCACAAACUUCCACGAGGACAGCGGAAAGAGUUCAGCAGAGGGGUGUGUUGGACGGAGGAAUAAACAGAUGGACUAAAAGGAGGGUGGAAACAAAAAACAAUAUGAUCUGACUCUACAGCGCCCCCUCCCUCCCCUUCCAACAGGACUGUUUUGCGCUAAUGUCGAGUAUUUAUUUUAUUUCUUUUUCUCCCUGGUCGCCCCGUUAAAGACGUAGCACCACAGCUCGAGCGGUGUCUCCGAGGAAGACUCCACAAGCACAAGUUCUACUCAAGGCAUCCCAGGAUGCACUGCACAAGGGCCAAACCCGUCAGCAGCAGCAGCAGAAGGGGAGAUCAGUGUGACUGUUUACCCCCGCCCCCGCCUCCUCCCCUCCCUCCUUAAAUCAUGUCUCUGUGUUAAAUAGAUGACAUGCAUGCUCUCUUCUCAGUGAAAUGUGUUGUUGUACGUCCGUAGGCUUGUAAAGUUGUGCCACAGUGGGAGCCUUACUUCCUCUCGAUCUACCGGUGCAGCUCGACGUCGCCCGUUCCCGUGUGACCCCUGCCUUCCAUCCCCUAGUUUCUUCCUAUUCUCUUCUCACUGUGAGUUAAUACCUCUCUCGUCCAUGCCGCUCCGCCGGCCGGGUCACUGGAAUCUUCUGCCUUUCACGUCCUCACCGUUGUAACGACCGUAACUGUUAUUCGGGCUGACUGUAUUGUUUUUUUAUAGACAUUCACACUGAGCGAGCGGCGCGGAGUUGUUUCCUAACGUUUAAUCUUCCUUCCCCUGAGCUGUGAGGCUGCUGACUACCUCAUGCUACAUCGUUGAAGGCCAGAAUUAGCGGUGCAUCAUGGGAAGGUCUGAUGAGCAGAGAAGCAUUGUUCCUUGACACUAAUGAUAUGGGGGUGUCCAUUUCCCCUCUUAUAAAGGGAGUAUCCCCCCCAAGCCAUAUAUAUUAAAAAGAAAAAAAAAAAAAAAAAACAAGUUAGGAUAUUAAAAGGUCUGGUACUUUUUUCUGAU